AUGAGUAACAUGGGAUGGGACGACGUCACCGUUGUGGGAUCAAAGGCCCGAGUCGGAGGUGGUGGCCCCAGAGCCACAGUUGCGAGAUCACAAGCUGAAAUCAAUGCUGCCAAGAGAUCUGGAGCCGUUCUUUCUGUUGAGAAGAAGUACACCACUGGUAACAAGACGGCCUCGAGCGAAGGUCAACGUCUGACCAAGAUUGACCGUGAGAACGAGGUGGCUCCCCCUGCCAAGAUCAGUAUGGACGUCGGCCGUGCUUUACAGAAGGCUCGUCAAGACAAGAACUUAACACAAAAGGAUCUUGCCACCCGUGUCAACGAAAAGCCCACCGUCAUCAACGACUACGAGGCCGGUAGAGCCGUUCCCAACCAACAACUUUUGGCCAAGAUCGAGAGAGUGGUCGGUGUCAAGCUGAGAGGCAAGGACAUCGGUGCUCCUCUCGGCGGUCCCAAGAAGAAAUAA